CCCACUUUAAAAGCCAAAUUCUCAAAACCCCAUUUCGUCCCCUACAGUUUCCCUCCUAUUUUUCUCACUUUCUCUCUUUCUUUCUAUCUCUGCUUCUCUGAAAACAGAAGCUUAUGCUCUCAAACCUCUAGUUUCAUAUAUGAAUCCAAUAUUUCGCUAACCUUUUUCUUUUGUGGGUUUUGUAUUGUAUAUGAUUUUAACAAAUGGAAAUCGAUCACUUAGAAAAGGAACAAAGUUUCAAGAAGGUCCAGUCAUUUUUCGGUCCCGAAAUGCCAGAAUCGGAUAUUCUACGGGCGCUAUCGAAAUCCCACUACGACCCAGAUGCGGCAAUCAAGUUCACCCUCAACAACGCUAAGCCUAUAACCAUUAUGCGGACUGUCACUAGCACAGGUGCUCGGAUUUCAACCCAGAUAAAGCAAGAGGUCUCGGAUGAACCAGAAGAGAGCCAUUUGCUUCAUAGGUCGAAAUCGAUAAGCCCAAGGUCAAGAAUGGAGUUAAGAAUGGCGGAAUUUGAUGAGUUUGUUCGGGCUACGAAUGUGAAAGUAAUGUCAACGGAAGAAUAUCUCGAUACCCAGAUGAAAGAAGAACUUGUUAGAGGAUCGGAGAAAGCUGAAUCGCUUUGUGGGUUGAGUGAAAAGAUUCGGGUCAAGGAGGAAAAAGAUAUCGAUAUCGAGAAUGACAAUGAGCAUCGGAAUAAAAUAGGGGUCUCAAGGAGUCAAGUUGGUCCUGAAGAUGAAUGUUUAAAUGCCCAGGUGAAACAACAGGAAUCAAUGGUGCCGGUGCCUGUGAAAGCUGAUCCCGUUAGCGAGUGCAAACCCACUGUGGCAGUUAAAGAAGAACAUGCUUCGGGGGUUGAGCAAAGGGUCUCUGUGAAGGAAGAAACGGUUAGUAACCAACCGUGGCCAUUUGAUGAUUAUAAAGCGAUGCAUGAGAAGUUUAUGAAGAACAGAGAACAAACAGGUUCGAAGAAACCCUGUGAUGUGAAGAAGGAAAGAGCUGAAGAUCGAGUUUUCAAUUCUCUUCCAGUGGAGGAUGGGGAUUUCCCUGAAGAGCCUGGUUGGUUUUUGGUGGGAAGAACAGUCGUCACUGCACUUUCAACAAGCAAAGGCAGGAAAUUGGUGGACAAUGAGAUUGUCUAUUUUUCUUAUCCUACCUCAAUUGGGAAAUUCAACUCCAUUGUUCGCUUCUCAACAAAGCGAUUUGGAGAGAUUGGUCGACUUCCAAUGGAGUGGACAAAAUGUGUUGUUCCUCUUGUAAAUUCUGGUAAGGUUAAACUUAAUGCGCGUUGUGUAGCCGCGCCACCAGUUCUCUUCAUGAUGCAAGACAUCAUGUUGUAUGUGAGCUUUUAUAUUCACCAUUCAAUAUUUACGGAUGUUGACAAGUAUUCUUGGAAGCUAAAUGCUUCGAACAUCGACUCCACGGUUUAUCCUCUCCUCACUCUCUUCAGAUUGCUGAAAAUAAGGCCGUAUCAGAACGCUGAGUUCACCCCAGAGGAACUUGAUUCUCGGAAGCGUCUACUAAAUUUAGAAGGUGAUCAAGAUGAUGCUGCAUCAAUGCUGCCUAUAGUGAAAAGAAGACAGGGUUGCCAGCAGUAUCCAGAGCAAGGCAAAGAUGAGCAAGCUAUUUCAGAGUCAUCCCUGAAUAGACUUGUUGGUACGGCAGAUAUAUAUAACUUAGAGGAGAUGGAACCCCCAAGUACACUCAUGUGUGAUCUAAGGCCAUACCAGAAGGAAGCUCUUUAUUGGAUGACGGAACUAGAGAAGGGAAUUGAUGUGGAAAAAGCAGCAAAAACUCUUCAUCCCUGCUGGGCAGCAUAUCGUAUAUGUGAUGAGAGGGCUUCCUCAAUCUAUGUGAACCUCUUCUCAGGGGAGGCAACCACACAAUUUCCAACUGCAACACAGAUGGCAAGAGGAGGAAUCCUAGCAGAUGCAAUGGGACUUGGGAAAACUGUGAUGACAAUUGGUCUAAUUCUUACAAGACCAAACAGAACUACUCCUGGUAACCAAGAGCUUAUUGGAGAUGCUACAGUUAAUACUAGAAACCAAGAAUAUCAUACAGAUGCCCCAUUUAAACCAAAGGGUGGCACUCUUAUUGUUUGUCCCAUGGCUUUGUUGAGCCAGUGGAAGGAUGAGCUUGAAACUCAUUCAAAGCCAGAUACUAUUUCCAUUAUGGUUCAUUAUGGUGGGGAAAGGACCAAUAAUCCAAAAGUAAUUUCGGAACAGGAUGUGGUAUUGACAACAUAUGGGGUCUUAACUUCCGCUUAUAAAAAUGAGGGAGAGAACAGCAUUUUCCAUAGGAUUGACUGGUAUAGGGUGGUGCUAGAUGAAGCCCAUACUAUUAAAUCCGCAAAAACACAAGGUGCUCAGGCUGCUUUUGCUUUGUCCUCACAUUGCAGAUGGUGUCUCACAGGAACACCUCUUCAGAAUAAUUUAGAGGACCUCUACAGCCUUCUUUGUUUCUUGCAUGUUGAGCCAUGGUGCAACUGGGCAUGGUGGAACAAACUGAUACAAAGACCGUAUGAGAAUGGUGAUCCAAGAGGGAUAAAAUUGAUAAAGUCUAUUUUAAGGCCGCUGAUGUUGAGGAGAACAAAGGACACUAAGGAUAAAGAAGGAAGGCCCAUACUUGAUCUCCCUCCAGCAGACAUUCAGAUCAUCGAGUGUGAGCAGUCAGAAGCUGAACAUGAUUUUUAUGAUGCCCUAUUUAAAAGAUCUAAAGUCCAAUUUGACCAGUUUGUGGCACAAGGAAAGGUUCUUCACAACUAUGCUAACAUCCUUGAGCUGCUACUUCGACUGAGGCAGUGUUGUAACCAUCCAUUUCUUGUUAUGAGUCGAUGUGAUACCCAAAAGUUUGCAGACUUAGAAAGACUUGCUAGAAGAUUUCUUGAAACAAUUCCUGAUUCUGCUCCUUCAAAACAGGCUGUCCCCUCAAGAGCAUAUGUUGAAGAGGUUGUUGAUGGCAUCCGGCGGGGCGAAAAUACAGAGUGCCCAAUAUGCUUGGAGUCUGCAGAUGACCCUGUACUUACACCCUGUGCUCAUAGGAUGUGCAGGGAAUGUCUCCUUUCGAGCUGGCGGACAUCAACAGUUGGGCUGUGUCCUAUCUGUCGGCAAGUGGUCACAAAGAACGAGCUUAUAACAUGUCCUUCAGAAAGCCGGUUUCAGGUUGAUGUUGAGAAGAACUGGAAGGAAUCAUCGAAGAUUAUAAAACUCUUGGAGUGCUUGGAACGAAUACGAAGCUCAGGUUCUGGUGAAAGGAGCAUUAUAUUCAGUCAAUGGACUGCAUUUUUGGAUCUCUUGGAGAUCCCUUUGAAGAGAAGAGGAAUUGGGUUCUUGAGGUUCGAUGGGAAGCUGAUGCAGAAACAAAGGGAGAGGGUUCUGAAGGAGUUCAAUGAGACUAAACAGAAAAUGGUAUUGCUAAUGUCUUUGAAAGCUGGUGGUGUGGGCUUGAAUUUGACUGCAGCAUCUAAUGUCUUUGUAAUGGAUCCAUGGUGGAAUCCUGCAGUCGAGGAGCAAGCAAUCAUGCGAAUUCAUCGAUUCGGCCAGAAACGUAAAGUUUUGGUUAGAAAAUUCAUUGUCAAGGACACCGUUGAGGAGCGGUUGCAACAGGUUCAGGCAAGGAAGCAGAGGAUGAUUACUGGAGCACUCACCGAUGAAGAAGUUCGCUCUGCUAGAAUUGAGGAACUCAAAAUGCUUUUUAGAUGAAAACCCAAAAGCCAUUCUGGUUUUCAAGCUUUUUGAAGGUAGGCUUUUCAAAAGUAUUGUAUCUAUGUCAUUCAGCCUGGGGCUUUCCUUGUGUAGUCCCAAGGAGCCCAAUUUUGUAAAUUUUGGCAUUACUAGUGGUAAAAAAAAAAAAAGGUUGAAAAAAAACAAAAAACAAAAAGCCAAAAUUGUGUUUUGAAUUUUUAGACAUUUGACUAGCAACAGUGUAUUAUUCCUGCUAGCAUCUACAAAUGUAAAAGAGAAGGUAUAAAAAAAUGAAAGCACUCGAAUAUUCCCUAAACGACGGUUGUACCCUUGACUAAAAAGCUCCAGUUUUUUGACGGUUUUAGUCUCAGCCGCAGCUUUUCAUUGGCCUAGCUGUCACUGAUACAUAAAUAAUAGCCAAAAGACAAUAGAACAUGACAGCAAAUAUGGACCUUACACGUGUCCAUCGGAUCUGGGUAUUUUUCAAGGUGUAUGAUUGACCACGUAACUCAGAUAUGAGCCGCUGGAUCUGACUACAAACUAUAUUAAAACUGGGGCAGGAAUUAGGAGGACUAAGAUGGUGCGACGUGGCGACCAUCGGUUUAAACGUC